CUCCCGCAGGUCGUCAUUCGUAAGCCUGGGUCCCUUGCGGAGCAGCAGGUGAGCCUCGACACGCUGGAGGACUGUGAGGUGUACGUGUGUGACCCCACGGGGCAGGUUUUUGCGGACUUCUGCAAGCGCUGCCUUAUCGUGCUGGGCCCCUGUCAGACCUCGGUCUUCGCGCGCGACUGCGAAGACUGCGUCUUCUGGAUCGCGUGCGGGCAGCUGCGCACCAAUAACUGCCUUCGCUGCACGUUCCAUCUGUACUCUAGGACAGCUCCUGUCAUCGAGACGUCCGAGGACCUGUUGUUCGCGCCCUGGGCGGCGAGGUACCCAAAGUGCGCCGACCAUUUCGCGAGGUUCAGCUUCGACCCUGCACGGAAUUUGUGGAACGGCAUCUUCGACUUCACCGGCUCGGCGGAGCGGAGCAAUUGGCGCAUCCUGCCCCUGGCGGAGGUGGUGGAGCUCUCGAUAGAGCUCGACGAGUCGCCCGAGGCGCUCGCGACGCUGGAGAACCCGUGCCCCCCUGUCACCCACGAGGCGCUCUGCGCGGAGCCCCUGGACUCGGGGGACUGCGGCCAGGGCGUGGCCAACAUCCCGCAGACGAGGCCGGAGCCGCCCCCGCCGCCGCCGGCCUCUGCCCGCCCCCUCGCGUGGACCGUCGACGACCGGCGGUGCGGCGGUCGCCCCGUGGGCCUGCGCCACCUCGAGGAGGGGCUGCGGCGGCACAAGGGCGGCUGAGCGCCGCGGCUCGCCCGUGAGCUCCCGCAUGCAAAUAUGUUUUCCCUCCUCCCUCCUGCUUUCACUCCUUCCUCCUUGCCCCCUUUCCCCUCCCCAUUCCCGUGUGGGUUCCCCAGAGCUGGCUGCAGCGGCGAGGGAUUGUCCUAGGCAGCGCUCGCAUCGUGUGGUGCGCGCGAGGGCGCCGUGCGUGCAAAA